AUGCGCUUUUUGAUGCAAAUGUACAGCCCCGGAGACUCAACGGAUUCAUUUCACCGCACAAUUUAUGUGUUCAUCUGUUCGUCAAAAAAUGGCUGCACCGCUGCUCCACUGGUGCUAAGGCAGCAACUGCCCUUGAAAAACGCGUUCUAUCCCGAAGAACCGCCCAGUUACGAUGAUCCGAUUGAGGCAAUCAAGUUCAAAAACAACUACCCUAGUCCAAACAUGUGCGUUGUCUGCGGCUACCCAGGCCCGAAUAGAUGCGCCAAGUGCAAAAAGACGUUUUACUGCUCGCGGGAACACCAACUAGCACAUUGGAAGGAAGGUCACAAGAAAAGAUGCAACAUUGAAAAGGGCGACCUGGAGUCAGGUGAGUUCCUCUUUGACGAGUUCGAGCUGGUAUCGGAAGAGUUUGACGAUCAACAACUGACAGGAGGCAAAGAGUUUGAAGAAGAUGAUGGAGAGGAAAUCGCCGACCUGGAAUCUGCGCAACGGCAAGCUGAGAGCGUCGAGCAAACUUUUGAAAACGACGAGAAAGAGCUGGGAAAUGAUAAAAAUGAAGAUGUGGAGGAACUAGUACAGGAGUUGAGCGAUGAAAAAUUCCAAAGAUGGGUUGGAUACUUCAAGAAAGAGCCAGAACAAGUGGUCAGAUAUCAACGAGGUGGAAAGUACUUGACUCCGAAAGGAUGGAAAAAUGUCGAUUUCGGCAAGUGCAAAGCUUGUUAUUCAGGGCAGUUGUUUUCAUUUGUUUGCCAGACAGAAUGA